AUGGACGACAACGUACUUGACAGGAACAGCGUCCGUCGGAUGCAAGCCCUGAAGCUCGUCGGCGGCGAACGCUUCUACCGGAUGCGGACAGAACAAAGCACUAUCCAUGCGCUGCACGCCAUCCUGCAGGCUUGCAAGAACGUCGAGACGCUCUGCAUACCUUAUCUGCGCAACACCUCCCCGACCCCCAGGCCAGCAGAGGGGUUGCCCCGCAAUCUCGUCCGCCUUCGUCGGCUUACGGUUUAUCGUUGGCGGUGGGAUGGCAAUUCCACAUUCAUGCCGUCUGAUCACGGUUUGACGUCCAUCUCCACGACUACUGUUCUUGACCUUAAUAGACAGAGCUUGGAGGAACUGAACCUGGACCAUGCUCUCGUCAAUUUUUCACUUCCGGCUUUUCCCGCGCUUCGGAUUCUCCGCCUCACCCACACGAUGAUCGUCGGACUCGAUCUCCUGAAGGAGGCAUUGUCCUCCAAGUCUCAAGGUGGCCUCGAAGUGAUAGAGUUUCGCAACCAUUGGGGUUCCCUAUCUUUCUCAUCUCCCUUGGAAAUCUGUGGAGCGAUAAUCCAGCCGAACACGCGAACGUUGAAGGAGCUGGUUCUCGUAGGCUUGGAUGAGAUGAAGCUGGCACGAACUCUCGACUUUGAGGCCUUCAAGGUUCUCCACCGUCUCAGCAUAGGAUACCUUGCGCGCGACGAAGACCCCUUCGAAAUUGUGAAAGUACCACACCGGGUGAGAGUCCUUGACGUGCACUGGGAAGAGAUGGUCGAAAGCGCGUCGCGCCGCGUCGCAUACUUCUUUCGCACUCUCGAACUGAUGGAGAUGUACAUUGUCCGCGACGCAUACAUUCAGACGUCGAGGCAGGACGGGGCGCAGUUGUCAGUACAAGUGGUGGGACAAGCACCUCCGCGGCUCCGGCGCCUCUGCUCGGACUGGAACAUUCCUGUACUGGAGGACGAGCCCGAAGAAUUCAAGGGUAGUGAUAUCGGGCUCCGGAAGGACGCUACUUUACCCCAAGGUCCGAUGCAUACGCUACGCGUAACCUUUCCAAGCGAAAUGAAGAUUCCCUGGGUAGAGGUUGGAUAGGUUGUUCUGGUUCGAUACCGACUUCAGGACCCGUAUAGCGUGCCCGUCGAUGGUUCAGCUGUACUAUGGAUGUACCAUCAAUGCAAUUUCGAUUGCAUUGAUGGUUCAAAAUCGUCAUUUCAUUGCCAAUCCACCCAGAAGCUGGAUCAUAUGGUAGCCAAAACCAUGUAGCAGCUGUACGUCAAGCCUCAAAUAUUUUG